AUGCUCAGCGCCAUCGCAGCCCGAAAAGCGAAAUCUGCAACCAUAACAGACAAAGCACCGCCCAGCGAAACUGAGGCUGCAGAUGUACCCGCUUUUCGACCCUCAAAAUCUUCAAGAUCAUCAAAACGCAAAGUCAGCACGCGGGAUGCAGAGGAGCCUCGCGUCGGCGCCCCAAAAAGACAGAAAUCAUUAUCAGCUUCGAAAAUAGAUGAGGGGAAGAGAGGAAAGAAGGCAGUUGCAGUUGUCGUCGCGAGUGAGCUGCGGGAGUCCGAAGGGGACAAUGAUUCCUUUGAUUCCGGUCUGAGUACCGACGACGACGAAGUCUCCGUUGAUCCCCUACCACCAGCUCGCGGUCGAAGGUGGUCGCCUAGCGCACCCGUCGCGGACUCGGGGUCUGAUGGCGAGGAGCCCGAAGCGAAUCUCUCCACCCUUCCAACGCGUUCGCCGACCACUUUUAAACCUUCUGCCGGUACCAAUACUCUAAGGCUGACAUCCGACGAGAUUAAUGGGCUCGGGUUGAAGGCUGCACGCGGGAACGCUGUUGCACUGGCGUUGUCGCCUGUGGCGCGAUCUUUGCUCCCAGCACAGUUCCUCGUCCACACCGCGUUUUUGCGCCAAAAUGUUCACAUCUACCGACCUUUGAUCCCUCCUCGCCUCCAAUCUGUUUGCGCAAAGUUUGAUGCUCUGGUUAUCGUCCAGGAACUCUCGCUCGGAGCAGAGGGUUUGGAGCGCGUUUUGGGGACAUUUGAUGGUAUGUUUAGGGAGUCACAUCAAGAAAAGACAAAUGGCGAAGUGGAGGAUAUUGGGUUGCGUGGGGUUCAAAUGGUCACACAGCAAACUCGCUCGUUACAACCCUUGACACUGCUCCCAUCCUGGAACGCUGCUUUAUCAAGCCUCAAUCCUCCUCCCUCACCAAGCUCAAGCUCAGCAGCUGGUGUAUUCCUGGUCAAGGGCCCAAAGAAAACUGGCAAAAGUACAUUUGCGGUCACGUUGCUGAAUAAACUACUCUCCCAGUAUACAAGAGUAGCCUUUCUAGAAUGCGACAUCGGGCAAUCCGAGUUCGGUCCUGCCGGGAUGGUCUCCUUGCACGUCCUAGACAAGCCUGUUCUCGGUCCUGCUUUCACGCAUCCCUCCUUGCCCUUCCGUGCACAUUUCAUCGGAUCAACAACCCCUAGAUCGUCGCCCUCUCACUACCUUGCCUCUGUUGAUUCUCUAUUCCAAACCUACCGCACAGAGGUACAAACACCUGGUCUCGAACCCCUCGCGGAUAAUAGAAUAUGCGAGUACAUCCCGCUCGUCGUAAACACGAUGGGCUGGGUCAAAGGGCUGGGCGCUAGUCUCCUGGAGAGCAUCGAGGAGAUAGUACAGCCCACGCACGUAUUCGAACUGCAAUCAUCAACACCCUUUCCGUCUAGCACCUCGAGAGCGUCACCUCCUACCACCCGGCAUCGAGUCCUGGAACCAUUUACGUCGUCGCUGGCGUACACAGCCGCCGACCAACGGUCGCUCUCCAUCCUUUCGUACUUCCACUCCAUUUUCCCAGACCAUAGUGGAACCGGCGGCGCAAGUGCCGAGUUUACCCAGACUACGCCGGAUCUCUGGGACACAAGCGCUCCUCUAUGCGCCCGCUUUCCUUUCGAGGUCGACUGUUCUACGGCAUUCGAGCGCGUCGUACUCGUAGGAUGUGGUGCAGAAGAUGUUGUGCCCGAACAGAUACACACGGUCCUCAACGGCGCUCUCGUCGCUCUCGUCGCCUGCGAAGAAGGUGCUCUCGACUCCCUCCUCGACCUCGCGUCCCAAACGCCAUCUAAGAGCCCCUUCUCCGUGCCUUACAUCCAAGGCGGCCCCCCGCCCUCGCCUUCCGCUUCGACAUGCUUAGGCCUGGCCCUCAUCCGGGCAAUCUCGCCCGACACACAAACAAUGCACGUUCUCACACCGCUUCCGCCGUCUUCGCUUGCGAGAUGCAGGGUGCUGGUGAAGGGCGAGGUGGAGCUCCCGAUCUGGGGGAUGCUGGACUUCCGGGAGCAGGAAGAGGGCGUACUCCCUGGGUUUGAAAAGCAGAAGAUGCCGUAUUUGCAGUGGGGCAAAAGUGAGGGGGUUGGCGUGGAGAAGAGGAGGGUGAGGAGGAAUCUGAUGCGGAGGGGCCAGAUGUGA